UUCUACAGAGUGGUAGCAGAUAUUGAACCAGGAGAGGAGCUCUUACUGUUCAUGAAGAGUGAAGAUUAUUCACAUGAGACAAUGGCUCCGGACAUCCACGAGGAGCGUCAGUACCGCUGCGAGGACUGUGACCAGCUCUUCGAGUCCAAGGCUGAGCUUGUAGAUCAUCAGAAGUUCCCCUGCAGCACUCCCCACUCCGCCUUCUCCAUGGUGGAGGAGGACUUCCAGAAGAAGCUUGAGAAUGAGAACGACCUGCAGGAUGUUCACGAAAUCCAGGAGUGCAAAGAGUGUGACCAAGUCUUCCCCGACUUACAAAGCCUGGAGAAGCACAUGCUGUCACACAGCGAGGAGAGGGAGUACAAGUGUGACCAGUGCCCCAAAGCCUUCAACUGGAAGUCCAACUUGAUACGUCACCAAAUGUCUCACGACAGCGGGAAGCACUACGAGUGUGAGAACUGUGCCAAGGUUUUCACGGACCCCAGCAACCUUCAGAGGCACAUUCGUUCCCAGCAUGUUGGGGCUCGUGCUCACGCUUGUCCAGAGUGUGGCAAAACCUUUGCCACUUCUUCAGGCCUCAAACAGCAUAAACACAUCCACAGCAGUGUCAAACCUUUUAUAUCAUUCUCUCAAUCAAUGUAUCCAUUUCCUGAUAGAGACUUGAGACCGUUACCCUUGAAAGUGGAGCCCCAAUCACCCAGUGAAAUAAAGAAGAUCCCAAAGGGAAGCUCUGAGUCUCCCUUUGACCUCACCAUAAAGCGUAAGGAGGAGAAGCCACUUACUCCCAUUCCCUCAAAGCCAGCAGCCCCCUGUGCAGCCAGCCAGGACCAGCCUCUGGAUCUCAGCAUGGGCAGCCGAAGUCGAGCCAGCAGCACGAAACAAGCCGAGCCUCGGAAGAACCACGUCUUUGGAGAGAAGAAGGGAGGAGACCUCGAGCAGAGGAAAGCUUCGGAGUCCUCCUUGCAGCACGCCAGGCCCACCCCGUUCUUUAUGGAUCCCAUUUACAGAGUAGAAAAAAGAAAGUUAACUGACCCACUGGAAGCUUUAAAAGAGAAAUACUUGAGACCUUCCCCGGGAUUCUUGUUUCAUCCACAAUUCCAAUUGCCUGAUCAAAGAAUUUGGGUAAGUUCAUUGCUUAUAUUUUUGACUUAA